GGCCGCGUUGGCUCCCGGAAUGGCUUCGUUCGAAGAUGAGUUGUUCAAUUCAAGGAGUCAGAUUGGCUUCUAGCUUCUCCCUCGCCGAGCCCCCGUCCACCUGAACCUGAACUCCUCAGCGCCUAGCCGUGUGUUUGGUGGGGGUUGGAGCGAGCUAGGUUGGGUUGGACCCGUCCCUACAGCUGUUUGGAUGGAAUUCGAGGUGGGCUGGAUUAGACCAGAACCGAAUAUUCGGUUGAGAUGCGGAUCGGCUCCGUCCGCUGAAAUUUGGCGGACGGAGCAAAUCCUUUUUCUUCCGUCCGGAGCGCCGUGAGCGCCGGCGGGUGGUGCCUGCUGCUGCUUCUGCUUGUGCUUGCUUGAUAAAAGUUGGAGGGACGCAGCUCCAAGCAAGCUGGCGAGGCUCGGGCUCAUGCUCCAGGACGAAGCCUCCUCGUCGUCCGUCACAUCCUCCCCGCUCCACAACUUGUCGUCCCACACCAUGCCUCUCCACCCGGCCACCGGCCCGACGCCGCCCUGGCUGCUGCGGGAGCUCCGCUCCGACGAGCGCGGCCUCGGCCUCAUCCACCUCCUCCUCAACUGCGCCACCACCGCCGCCGGCCGCCUCGACGCCGCCAACGCCGCGCUCGAGCACAUCGCCUCGCUCGCCGCCCCCGACGUCGACGCCAUGCAGCGCGUCGCCGCCGCCUUCGCCGAGGCCCUGGCGCGCCGCGCGCUCCAGGCCUGGCCGGGCCUCUGCCGGGCGCUGCUCCUGCCUUCGUGAGCGCCGGCGGGCAGGAGGCCGCGCGCGUGCUCGACUUGGGAGGCCGCGGUGGGCGAGCUCGAGCCCCGACCAGGAGCGGCGCGGUGGCGAGCCCGAGCCCCGACCAGGAGCGGCGCGGUGGCGAGCUCGAGCCUCCCUCACUCUUCCAUCGCGUCGGCGUCGCGCGAGCCCCGACCAGGAGCGGCGCGCGGGCCCGCGUCGGGGGCGGCGGGGCGGAGCCGCGUCGGGCGCGUCGCGAGGAGGCCCGGCAGCCGGGGCGGUGGCGGCGGGAGCGGGGCGCUGGGGGGCGGUCCGGCAGCAGGGAGAAGAAAGGAGAUGGAGAGAGAAGACUGACAUGUGGGGCCCACUAACGGAGUGCUCAACUUGGUGAUGAACAGGAGCUUAUUCCAGAGCCGCAGUGGACAAAGGGCACUUGCACGAUGUGGCUUCAGUGGAGAGAGAGCUUUCCAUGCUCUUCUUUAUGCUUCAGUUCUGAUGCACUCCAACUGCUUGACGUAUUGCCUAAACAAAAGGUUGGGUACAUAUGUUCUUGUUUCAGCUGUUUUUAAAACUUUUUGCUAACUAAUACCAGUAACCACAUUCCCUUCAUUUGCAUAGUUCUCUUGAUUUCAGAUGUCUUUGUGCUUGACAGCUUGAGGCACAAAAGUAGCAAUGCAAGGUGGAUAGAGGGAUUGCAGAUAAAUCAGUAGUGUGCAAAGUGAUUGCUGCACUCACCCUUUCUAUUAUAAUAUAAACCUUCUUUCUGCUAUAGCUGAUGCUGAUAUAAAUGCUCCUAGCUUGCAUAUUUUUGCUGGUAGUUUUUACCAUGUGCUUGUGAUGAUGUAAUUUAAGGAGCUGAUUCUGAAAGCUCUGAUUCUUAACACUUAUAUGGUUAAGACAUAUUGCUUUCUGCAUAACAGCAUCUAUCUUCUUUCUAAUCUAUUUUUUGACUGAAUAAUUACUGUUCCUAUACAGUUUGUACGAUACUCCUAGAAUGAAUAUUUCAAUUUUAGGGUGUAAUGGCUACAUGCAGAGUCCAUGGCCCUCCUGACCUUUUCUGGGAAAUGAAGCUGCUAAGCCAAAGUAUUUCCUUGCUUCACUCGAAACAUUGAUGGAACUGCCUAAUGAGAUAUAUCAGUUAUAGCAUUGCUGUACUCACCCUUUCUAUUAUAAUAUAAAUCAUGCCGGCAAGAUUGUAUUUA